AUGUCAAGUCUAUCGAUCUUUCUGACCAAUGCAUUCGGUCUCCAGUCCAAGUUCGGUGAGCUACAACAUGCCCUCCGUCAGCAGACUGUAGACAUUGCCAUAGUAACUGAGACAAAACUCACUGCCGAGAAAAUGUCUCCAGCUGAAACACUAAUACCCGGAUACUGCCCCGCAGUACGCAAGGACCGCACUGCACAUGGAGGCGGUGUUGCUGUAUGGCUAAAAGCAGGUCUGUGCUUUCGUCACCUUGACACCGUGCCAUGUCAUGACUUUGAAGUCAUCUGGCUUCUUAUUGAAACGUGUGAUCAUCAUAAAAUUGUAUUCUGCGCCCUCUACCGGUCUGGGAGCUCCAGUGAGUCAGAUAUCAGUCUUAUUGAGUAUCUUGAGGAGACCUUGCUCGCUGUCCGGCACCUCGGUGACUAUGUUCUGAUCACGGGUGACUUCAAUGUCCACAACACCGCUUGGCUGGGCAGCACCAAGACCACUGUUGCUGGGGAAGCCUUAGAGGACUUGUGCGCCUCGCACUACCUCACCCAACAUGUCUCCGAACCAACCCGCAAGAACAACACACUGGACUUAGUUAUAUCUGACCUCCCAGGUGCAGCAUCUGUCACCACUGGUCCGCCGCUUGGACGCUCAGACCAUGUCACUAUCUUAACGGAGUUCAAGACCGUACGUCCCCGCAAGGAGCAACCGGCCCUAAGAAUCGUCUGGCAGUAUGCUAGAGCAGACUGGGGAAGGAUGCGCGCACAUCUUAGCCGCAUUAACUGGCCAACUGUCCUAUCAAAUGACCCUGACGCUGCUUGUGAAGCCCUCACAGGAAUUGUGCGUGAUGCCAUGUCUCAGUUUAUUCCCUCCAAGACCAUUAAAGUAAUGGCCACUGACCCGGUCUGGUGGACACCUGCCUGCCAACAAGCGGUGCACCUAAAGCAACAAGCCUGGAGAGUUUGGAGGCAAGACCCCGAUAGCUUGCAACAGAAAGAAACCUUCCUGGCAUCCGUUACACAUUGUGUGCAUGUUCUGCAACAUGCCCAACGGCAAUGCAAAGAGCGAGCUUCUAGAAAGCUGUCAUCUGGCUCCUUGCAAGACAAGCAAUGGUGGACAGCUACUAAGCGAGCUGCUGGUGUUAGCCGCCAAAGCGAUAUACCUGUCCUGGUCGACAGAUCUGGACACGAGCACACCACUGCUAGGGAGAAAGCCGAGUGCUUUGCCCAAUACUUUGCCAUGAAGUGCAGCCUCGGCUCCAACGAUUUCUCUGCCUCUGAUCACCUCCCUGCUAUGCAACUUGAUGCCACAGCACCUCAGAUCACAGCCAUCCACUUUCGUCCAGCCAAUGUCCGUCGUCAACUAGCGGCGCUAAAUCCGCACAAGGCCACUGGCCCCGAUGGCAUAUCAGCUAGAGUCCUCAAGGAAUGCCACAGGGAGCUGGCGGAGCCUGCUGCUCGCUUGUUCUCUUGCUGCUUCAGAGCAGGGGUCCAGCCAGCUUCCUGGAAACUAGCCCAUGUGUCCCCCAUACACAAGAAGUCCUCCAAGUAA